AUGGGAUCACUUGUUAGAGGAUGGAAAGUGGGAGGUUCUUACUAUUUCUUCCGACUUCCUGUUAUUCUUCUAUCCCAAGUACCUAGCGCCCUUGAUGAAUUUUCUAUUAUCGUAACUUCUAAAUACUUGGACUUCAUUCAUGGUUUGUCUACAAUUGCCACGCAAGGGAUUUUUUCAAAUGCUUCUCGUAAUUUGUUCAAGGCCGGAUCCUUUGUUUCUAUUGUAUUUGUUAGCCCGAACGAUGUCAUGGGCUCUAUCGAGCUUUUAAGGGAGCGAGAUGAGGUGAAGGAGACAUGUGAAGCCCUUGAGCGGAAAAAUUAUGAUGCUGAGAAGGAAUUGCCUGAGCUGCGGGCGAAUGUUGAUGUUGUUAACUCUUUAUAG